GAUCAUAUCUCUUGUUAUGAAUUAGGAUACUGUAUUGUUUUCCAUACUAAUAAUAAAUUGGAUGGUGUAUAUUCAUCGAAUUUCGAUGUACAGAUCUAACUACUUCAUGAAGUUUAUACAAAGUCAAGUGAGAGAAAUUAAUACAUUCUUAUCGCGUCAUUUACGAGUUUACAGUUUAUUCUCAUGUAUUAUAUGGUUAUUACUUAUCGGUGCAUUCUUGCGCACAACUUGGAAUCUAUCCUAUGUAAUUUGGAAUCAAUCAAGUUAUGGUAAUAAUGCGAAUUUAAACAAUUAUGAUAAUCGUUGGAAACCAACUAUUCAUACUGUUUCACGACUAACUGAUGCAAUGCUUAAUUUAUGGCCUGUGUAUAUUGCGAAAGGUAUUCUGCCACCAAGUGAUAUAACUUUGAUUAGUUUCAGUAGUCAGUCACCAUUUCCGUUUGAUGGUCAGUUAAAUUCUGUAACAGAUUUCGAUAAACGAGAACAAUACCGAGUAUUCUUAACUAAUGUAUUUCAUGGGUUGAUCACCCGAUUAAUAUGGAUUUAUCCAUCCUGGAAACAAUCAUCUUUUAAUCAAUUUUAUAGGAAAUCACAAUUUCAUGUUGGUUUAGCUCAGAUCAACUUACUGAAAGAUAAUGACUAUAAUAAUAAUACUACUACUGAUGGUAAUAAUGCCAUGAACGCUAAUUUUCCAUCAAGAAUUACAACUUUUUGUUUAUGUAAUCCGGCUGGAAACUUUUGUAGUUUACCGUUGUUAUCCUCAUCAACAAUUCAUAUACCAAGACAAUCUUGUUCAGUGGCUAACAGUUUUAUAUAUGAAGAAAUUAUUGAUGUAAUGGCCGAAUCAAUUUUAUCCCAAGAUGAAAAUGAACGUUUGACGAAGGAUUUAAUUUAUUUGUUUUCACGUGAAUCGUACUUUCAAUCAGACAAGUCAACAUUAUCUAAAACAUCAUCACCAUCUCAUAAUUCGUUAUUUCAUAAUAAACGUGCUGUGUGGAUUGAUAAUCUAUUCAUAUUACACAUAGAUAUGAAUUAUUUUAUUGAAUCUAUUACAAAAGUGAAUAACACGUCAUCUGAUUUAUCUGAUUGGUUUAUUGAUUAUAUUCGUAUGAAUUCAUUGAAUGACAGUAAUGUUGAUUUCAGCACAUAUGAACCUCUAGUGAAAAAUGCUUACUUGACUUUACAUAAGAACGAUAAACAUAUUAUUGACAAUAAAGAUAAUAACAAUAAUGACAAUCACAUUCCAGUUAUACUAGCUUCAAUAAUUCACCAGUACACUAUAUUAUUAAAAGAUGUGUAUAAUAAAUUAUCAUAUUUAUCAUUAACUCAACAAAAUCAUUUAAUUAAUAAUAUCAAUCAAUUGAUUAAUUCAAUGCUUCCUUUUAUAACUACACAUGAUCCGAAUCUAUUAUCAUACUGGUCAAAUCAGUCACUGAUAUCUAGUACAUCUUGUUGUUAUUUAAAGCCUUCUAUUGAAUUAAUUUCAUUGAAUUCAAAUGAGAAUAUAAAUGUUUUUAAUCAAUGGAAAGAUAGAUAUCGGAUAGCAUUUUAUUAUCUUGAUAAUUAUUGUUCAUAUUCGGAUGCAAUGAUUGAUGUUUUAUUAAAUAAACCGACAAUUAUGGUUGGUGCAAAAAAAGAAUUAUCAAGUUUAUGGAGUUGGUUAUGUACCUUGAAUACAGUUACAUUAAAAUUCAUCAGCCAAUUUAUAGUCUGUACCUAUGAAAGUGACAAUCAUAUACAAUCAAUUGGUUUGUGUAAUCGCGAAAAGUCCACAUUAAUUCCAUUUGAUGAAAUACCUGUAAUUCAAAGAAGUUCUCUUACAUUAUAUACAUUAGAAAGUGUCAUCAUGUAUUUACCUCGUCCAUUAUCUGUGAAUUUAGUAAUGUAAGUGAAUAGAAUUUAAUUUAAUUGAGUUUGAACAAUUUAUAUGUAUGUUUGUCUGUAGAAUUCUCGAAUAUUUCUCAAUUGAUUUACCUUGGUGAUAAAAACCUCUUGAUUGUAAUAAUUGGUGCUAAUCUUCAACUCAAAGGUUGACAUUGAAGUUGUUGUGGUGUGAGCUACUUAUAUCCACCUAAGUAGUAUAUAACGAUAGUCAGGAAUAUAAUGUAUUUCGAUCGAGAGGGAAGAACGGGAACGGAAAGCAAUUUGUGUAAAAAUGCAGGAACAAUGAAAUCUGAGACGAUGGACUGAUAUUUGCAAAAGAAACGGUCAAGUUUGAGACACUGGAUUGAUAUUUUGCAAAUUAAGUAUUUAUGUAUGGUUCUCAGAUUUUAGUGAGAUAUUCUGUAAUUUCGUGUUAAAAUACAUUCGGUUGUUCUCACUCGUGUUCUUGUUCACUACAUUAUCAUAUGUCACAGAAUAAUUAAUUUAGACAAUCUUCAAAUAAAUAUUAUUUAAUUAUUUCUUGAUCGGUAGAGUGAAAUUCCAACCUACUUACUACAGUGUUUGCUACUAAACAAUUAUAAUUAAACCGCUUACAUAUCUUGUUGCUUACUUUUUCUCACUUUUAUUGAAUUACAGAUAAAAUUUCGGAAUAUAACAAAAUAUAUUUGAAUUUACCUUCCAGUUGCAAUAUUUUACUAAAGCUACAUGAAGAAAGUAAACGGAAUCAUUAAAAGAUUGGUAAAAAUAAAGCUGUGGUUAUGAUAAUGUUUGGGUUAUUGGUCUGCAAUAAGUUUUAAUUACGAACGAUUGAGAUCCUCUCUGGUGUGAACGGGAUCCAAUGUGAACGAAAUGGAUCGAGUGGAUGACACAACAUUUCGAAAAUUGUCCUUAACACAAUGGUCAGUAUAAAAAUAGGAAUUAGAAAAAGUAUUCUCGUUACAGAAAGCAACUAACAAUUAUUAACAAAAACUAGAUAACAUACAGUCUUCUUAAUAAAUUAAUAAAGAAUAGUUAUAAUUUAUCAUCUCUAGCAUAAAUAUGUAUUUAACCGUAGGUUGCUUAUAUCUUUUCUCUUAUCCGUAGUAGUACAUUUUAUUUUAAGUGUUUUUGUCAAUUUAUAUCUAACUGAUUAUUAUUAAAAAAAUUUUUUUCGCCAACUCUAUUAGGCAUCCAUCAUGGGAACAACUUAUCCAUAAAAUGCAUCUGUCUACUGAAUUGUGCAAGAUACUCAAUGAAUCUGUUCUAAAUAAACAAGAUAACCUUCUUUCACGGAAGGGAUGAAGGAUAAAAAAUAAACUAAAAGUCAAUUUAUUGCAAUAAUUUCUGUCUAGUCAAUUUGAUUUUUUACUGCUUAUUAGUUUCAUUUGUAACAAAUACAGAUAUAAUUCAUUAUUAUCAAUAGAUUAUUGAAUUAGCCUCGUCGAUUCACCAUAAAGAGAAUAAUUAUAAUUUAUUUAAAUAUCAUCUGAAAAUAUGCACUAUGUAGAUAGGUAUAUAUCUUUUAGUCUCGUAUUGUUGCUCUUCAUAUUGUACUCACAAUCAUUAUAUGUGUACAAAAAAGCACACACAUAUAUAUAUCGGUGUUGGAGAUUCUGUUUAAUGCUUUUUAUCUUAAAUGUACACUUACCUUUUCUAACUCAUUGAUAAUUUUUCAGUUUUUUUAUUUUUGGAUAUAUUUUGUGUGUAUAUGUUACGUAAAUAAUUUAUUCAUCUGUGCAAUUUACUUUCUUAGUUAUUGUGUUAUGGACUAUUACUUAAUUUAUAUACCUUUCAACUAAUGAACUAUAUGUACGUAAUCUAUUCUAAAUUUAAAGAUCUUGGACAUUUUUAACAUCAAAAUUUCUGCCAACUAGUAACAUAUUCAAAUAUACACGUUUAAAAAAAAGAUAACUUACAUUAUUUGAACACACUAAGAAAUACUAUGAUAAUUAUUUAUUUCAGUGACAAAUAGGUACUUGCCUAGAACUUCACUAUAAUAUAAUUGGUUGGUCGAUACUUUGAAAU